AUGGAAUCCACCCGUAACUGUGCACGUCGCAUUUUCUGGCCCCUGGAAGGGGCUGAUUCACCCCCAGCUCCCUCUGCCAGAGCCGGCGCGUCCAAGCCGCCGGGUCAGGGCCGGCGCGCCGCAGAGGCCGGGGCGCCGGGGCCGCCGGCGCGCCCACCCCGAAGCCUUCGUGCAGACGCGCCUCGCCGCUCCUUGGAGACCCAGACUGCCUGUCACCAUGCCGCCGUUCUCAGGCUGCAGAAAGACGGCCUCCGGACGUCAACAAAUAACCUGACCUCCCAGGCGGUGGCCUUCGUUCUUUUCAGCCUCGACCCUGUCCCUCACCGCCCCCUGACGCACAGCUGCCAACCCCCUCGGCGUGGGAAAGUACCGGGUCAACGUGGUCAGUCGCCCGGCAACGCCACUCGCCUCACGUGCGCCCCGGGUUCCCGGCAGGCAGGGCUGCGGUGGGGCGCUGGGGGGGAGGGCGCGCGACCCCGUUCCCGGGCGUCCCUGUCCCGGGGCGCAACAUCGGUGGGGCGCGAAGCUGCUGUGGCUCGCGACCGAGCUCCCGGGCAAGGCAGGCAGCAAACAAGCGCCGGGGCAGCUCAGGAAGCCGACAGGUGUCCGCGGGGCGAGACCGAUUCCUCGCCUGCGUUCCCCUUCGCCCUCGUCCCGCCGCCCGUGCUGUUUGCUUUACAGCAGCGGAGUUGGGCACUUUUCGGCCUUAAAAUGAGCGUAUCAGCCGGUUGGGCUCAAGUCGGCGGCGGGGGCCGGGCGGAACCGGAUUCUUCGCGGGCUUAGGCGGGCCGGGUCGGCACGCGAGGCGGGCACUUAGCUGGCCAGGAAGCCCGGGUGCGCGCGGAAGCGGCGAGCGCAAACCGCCGGGGGCGGGGCCGCGGGGUUGCGUGACCCUCCGCCCGGCAGCUGCACGCACUUCGUGCCCCGGUCCGCCCUCCUAGCCUCGCCGGCAGCCUCGCCAUCGCGAGGCAGUAGCACAGGUGCAGGAGGGCGGCGCCCAGUUUCCAUUUUUAUAACCGCAGCCGGGAGAGGAGUCACGCUAUACUUCUGGGACGGGGAGUGAGUUCACCGGAGAGGACACGGCGUCUCCUUGUUAUCGGAACCUGGGUAACAUUUGGUAAUAAAACCCGCUCAGACAGGAUGUAUUAAACGAACUGGGAACCAGAGCUGCUCUAUCAAUAAGCAGUCGUUCCGGGGAAACUUUCCAACGAAAGCUUUACAUUAAGAGUCAGGGCACACAGGUGCGGUUCGUGUGACAUGCUAUCACAGGAAGGAAUCAGAGCAAGGACGGUGGCUUUGGGACGCAAAUUUUGUGCACUCUGCGCAAGAAUUAGUAACAGAGUUGUGAUGCUGUGCAAACUGUCAUUCCUCCUAGAAGCGUUCUUGCCAGUGUUUUAUUUUAAAAGAAGAGGAGCCUGAUUUUAAUGACGUAGUAACUGGAGAGCCCUCUAUUACAUGUUGACUCGAGAGUCCCAAGGACAUUUAAAAGGAAAAAAAGUGACUUCACAGGACGCCAUAAUCCAAGUUCCUUCUCAAGAUCAUGUGCGGGAAAAAUGUUUUUUUCACUCAGAUAUCUGUUUAUAUAAUUCAAAUAUUUGUUGAUUUGUAGAUAAAUCAAGUUUGGAGAGAAAAACAAAAAUAUUAACACCAAGACAGUUUAACACACAAGACCACUCCAGUCGUCUAAGCUCUCAAAAUUCCACAUUAACUGAUUUAUUUAAAGUUUGAUUUGGUGGAUCUAUGCAUUUAUUUAUUUCCCUAUUAUUACCCUUGGGCCUGUGGUGCCUAGUUACACACACACUUGUUACACAAGUAACACACCAUUAUAUAAGAGGGGUUUCUCCGGGGUUAGGAUACCUAUCAUAAACUCCCAGAAAGCUCUUUCAGAAGACACAUGUUCACCUCUCAAUUUACCACAUGUGGAAAGAUAGCAAGAUUCGCUGUUUAAUUUUAAAAUGUUCUCCCAGCUAACUCAGAUUCUCACUUGUGUAUGUAGGAACGUUUAUUUUAUCUGCCUAGCACUCUUCCUGUCUUCUGGGACAGAACUGCCCCUUCUCGGAUUCUGCUUCUGCCUUACUCUUCUAGACAUGUAAUUAGAAAGGGAGGUGUCAUCAUGUGUGGCCUUGCCUCCCUGGUCACCACAAUUGGUCAGGAGGCAGGUACAUGUCUCCUCCUGGCUUCAGUGAUUUGGUCAAGGAAUCGGUGCGUAACUCAAGGUGUGCUAAACAGUCAUUUCCUGGCAUUUUUCUAACUGGAGGUUGGGAAUAGAAGCCCCUUUUCCUCUUGGUGUCAAAACUGGACUGUCAGCCACCACUGCCCUGCCACAUGCAGACACUGUAAAAGAGAAAGGAACCAACUUUCAGUAAGUGGUAGAUUCAAAGGGCUGAGACUUUCCAUGACUUCUUAGAGUUCCAGAGUUCUCAAAGCAGUCCUGUUUCCUGCUUUCUUGAAGCUUGGUUAUUUAGCUCUUCUGUUGAUUCUGUGAGGUACCUUGACAUUCUAACAGAAUAUACAUUGAUAGUAAUAAUUAACAAAAUGUAUAUUUAGAAUGCUGUGUGGAAUACGUUUUAAAAAUUUAUAACACUAUUUGUAACUUGCUUUUUUUUCAUAGAAAAGAAGAAUAGAAUUCACUGGGACAUUCAUCACCAAUAAACUACAUCAUCAUUUUAAACAGCUUCACAAUCUUCUUGUUUGAUAAGUCAAUUUAUUUCAUUUUGGCAAGGCUUUGCGGGGAAUCCUGC